AUGUCCGCGUUCGAGGAGCUCGGCGUGUGCCCCGAGCUCAUCCGCGUCGCGGACGGCGAAGGAUGGCUGCUCCCGACGCCGGUGCAGUCCGAGGCGAUCCCGCUCGUGCUCGGCGGCGGCGACGUCCUCGCCGCCGCGGAGACGGGCAGCGGGAAGACGGGCGCGUUCGGGAUCCCCGUGCUGCAGAUAGUGCACGAGGCGCUGCGCGACGCGGCCGCGACGCGCGCGGUCGCGUCGUCGUCGUCGUCGAAAUCGUCGCCGCCGGCGGGUUCGACGACGGUCGUCGCGAUGAGCGCUAUCGACCGCGACGCGACGUUCGCGGUGUCGCCGCGCGGCGACGUCGCGCAGGCGCGCGACGAGCGGUCGUGGGCGGGCGGCCGCGCGACCGCGGGGGUGAGCUCCGGGAAGCACGCGUUCGAGUGCGUCGUCCGCGACGACGGGCUCGUGCGCGUGGGAUGGAGCGGCGUCGCGGGAUCGCUCGGCGGCCUCGGCACGGAUAAGCGAUCCUGGGGGUUCGGCGGCACGGGGAAGAAGUCGCACGCGGGCGCGUUCGCGGACUACGGCGAGCCGUACGGUCGCGGCGACGUCGUGACGUGCUUCCUGGACCUCGACGUUGGGACGAUCUCGUACGCGAAGAACGGGAAGGACCUGGGCGUCGCGUUCGAGCUGCCUCCUGAGACGACGACGGCGAGACGAGCGUUGUAUCCGGCGGUGUGUCUGAAGAACGCGGAGGUGGGGGUGACGUUCGGCGGCGCGACCGACGCGGCGUUCGCGCACGCGCGCGAGGGGUUCGUCGGCGUCGGCGCCGCGGGGAAGGACGUCUUGGAAUGGGGCGGCGGCGGCGGCGGCGGCGGCGGCGGCGGCGGCGGCGAAGGCGACGGCGGCGGCGGCGGCGGCGGCGGCGGCAGCGGCGGCGGCGACGGCGGCGACGAACGAAAACGAAACCAAACCGCCAAAAACGCCGCCCGCUCGCCGACGGCCAUCGUCCUCGAGCCCGCGCGCGACCUCGCGGAGCAAACGCACGAGUUCUUCCGCGCCUUCGCGUCGCAGUUCCGCAACCCCGCGAUCGAGACCGCGCUGUGCGUCGGCGGCGUGGACAUCGGCCCGCAGCAGAGGGCGCUCCGCGACGGCGUGGACGUCGUCGUCGGCACGCCCGGCCGCGUGAUCGACCUCGUCGAGCGCGGCGCGCUGCGCGUCUCGAGCGCGCGGUUCUUCGUGCUGGACGAGGCGGACCGACUGCUGGACACGGGGAACAGAGACGCGAUCGUGAAGUUGUUUAAGAAGCUGCCGAAGAGCGGGCCCGGGUUCGCGCGGUUGCAAGUGUUGCUGUUCAGCGCGACGUUGCACUCGCCGGAGAUUGCUUCGCUCAGCGACGUCUUGUGCGAGAAUCCGACGUGGGUUGAUCUGAAAGGGAAAGACGCGACCCCGGAGACGGUGCACCACGCGAUGGUGAUGAUCGACGACGAUGAGAGCGUCGAUGUAGAUGCGUUAUCCCCGCGCGCCGUGACGGAUAACGUCCACGCGUUCGACGACGUGAAGAACGACCCCGCCGCGAGACGCUCGCAGCGGACGAAACUUCGCAAACCGCACGCGCUCAAAGCGAUCGUGGACAAGUACAACAUGGACCAGUGCCUCAUCUUCUGCCGGACGAACUUCGAUUGCGACAACCUCGAGACGUUUCUGAACACGAUCGGCGGCGACGGCGGGCGCAAACACGCCGGAAGAAAGCUCGAGAAGGGCCCGCAGAAUCCGUACAGCUGCGUCGUCCUCGGCGGCGCGCGGUCCAUGGAGGAACGCCGUCGAAACUUGAAGCUGUUCAAAGAGGGCGACGUCAGGUUCCUCGUGUGCACGGACGUCGCCGCGCGCGGCCUGGACAUCAAAGGCUUACCGUUCGUCGUGAACAUGACGCUGCCGGAUCGGAGCGAGGACUACGUCCACAGGGUGGGCCGCGUGGGACGCGCCGACACGUACGGGCUCGCGAUCUCGUUGGUGUCCGCGGCGAAAGAGAAGGUGUGGUACUGCAGUAUGAAGGGGCACAAGCCGUGGUUUAACCCGACGCGCGAGGACUGCGCGACGCACGUGGCGUGGUACGACGAGCCGAAGCUGUUGAAAGAGAUCGAGGCGAGGUUGGGAGGGGACGUGAAGGCGCUGAACGCGGACUAUUCCUUGCCGGCGUCCAUCGCGGGCGGCGGCGGCGGCGGCGGCGGCGGCGGCGGCGGCGGCAUCGUGUACGGGCAACGCCGCGGGAACGAGGAGAGCGCGGAGACGUGCGCGCGUCUGGAGGCGUACGCGCCCGCGGUUCGAAGGCUCGCGCAGCUCGAGUUCGAAGCGCAGGCGAGCUUCUGGUCGUUGAAGCGGAAGUUCGCGACGUGACGAUCGACGAAUGAAGCCGAAGGGGUAUUCCGCGACGCGUCGUCGCGAGACUAUAUUACACGCGCGCGAUUCGAUU